AUGUCGGGGUGGUGUGGCACUCCUUUAUCCCACAGAGCUUUACUUCCUCACAGUGCUCUUAUGCUGACCGGUCCCCAGCCUUGGACCGGUGAGGGUCAUCCCAGUCCUAAUUGCUUGAUCUGGUAUUCCAUCGAACUCACUCUGCUGCUCUUACCAUACCUCAGAGCAUAAAAUGACUUACAAGAUGGUGGGCAAGCUCUCUCCUUAAGAGCACCUCUUGACACUAAUUCCACAAGUCCAACGCGGAUCUCUGGAACUGUCUUUAUUGAAAUUGGAAGCAAUAUUACACAACUUUUGGGCUACAAUAAAAGCAUGUGCAGCAACUACUCAGCUAAACUUGCAAACUGAAGAUCGGUGGGGCAUGAGGCGGAUAGAUAGAGAGCCUCCGUCAGGUGUGGUUCGACCACAAGCAUUUUCUUUACACCACCUGAAAUCACCCACCUUGAAGGCCGCUAGGGGAUUAUCUCAUUGCAUAGACCACACAAGCGGUGGUACAAGCGCUGUCGGGAAGGACUUGGACUGUAUGAGUAUCCAAGUCUGUGGUUCAGUGAUGCAGGCCUUAAUAUGGAUCUGGGGUUGUUGGGUUGCCUUGCCUAAAAACCGCUCCGUUGCUCUUUUCAGCCAUCCUUCAGUGAAUACUUGGCAUCUCCUAAGUUUGGGAAUUGGAUAAUCAGAGGAUGGUGUGACUAAGGGGUGGAGCCAGGACAAUGAUGCAUCCAAGAUGGGGCUGAGUUCCAUAAUCAGCCACAUUGACCUCAGGUUGGUCCUCCUACAGGUGAGGCCAGAUUAUGUCAUUGAGCCACUCCUUUAUAAGCAGAGCACACCUUUCAGUCAGUGCUUUGUUGUCUGCCUCAGUACUCCAAACAUUUGUUCCCCUGUGUUUCCUGUUCUUGCUGGUUUCCUGACUUUGCUUGCUCUUUGGAUUUUCCCGAUUGUCGCCUGUCCUGACCUCUGGACCAUCUGACUCUGAUUUCUUCCUGACCCUACUUUGGAUACCUUGGAUUUUUACUGUUAUCUUUUAUUAAAGCCCCCGUGCCAUCACUAACCCUGUUCUCAACCUCAAGAUCUCUGUGGAUCAUGCUUGUAAGGGAAAGGUGUUACUGCACCUGAGUUCCAGGACUGAACACAACCCUAUUGGUUUGUUACAGAACAAACCAUUAUGGAACUCACAGGAACAGCAGAAGCCAUUACUGCACUGAUCCAACAGGUGGCAGCACUGGCCCAAUCUGUACAAGAUUUGCAGACCAGUCAUGCUAUCUUGCACCUGCGUGAACAACAUAGAGCUGAGGCAACACCACACCCACCAUCAACACCUCUGAUGGCACCAACCCCUGAGCCUGAUUUUGCUAUGCCUGAGACAUUUACCGGGAAGAAAUCAGCAUUCCGUACAUUUAUCACAGCCUGUGAAUUGCUCUUUGCCCUCAAGCCACAAACCUAUCCCAGCGAUUACAUAAAGGUCCAUUCUGCUAUUGCUUUGCUCUCCGGACAAUAUCGAACCUGGACUUAUCAGUUCGUACACAACAAAAGUCCACAGUUGGAAUCCUGGGAGUCCUUUACUGCCACCAUACGUACACCUUAUGAUGAUCCUGUGAGACCUUCUGCAGCCAGAACCGCCUAA